GGCUCCGUGGGUCGAUGUCAAUGUGUCUGUCCUUCACUCCUCCAUUGUCUGCCGCCGCCACUGCCGCGGGUGCCACCGCCGCUGUCGGGAUCGCCGCAGCCUACAGCCUCGCGCGUCGCCGCUACCUCCUCGGACAGAAAUUUUAUGAAUAAGCAUCAGAAGCCAGUGCUAACAGGCCAGCGGUUCAAAACUCGGAAAAGGGAUGAAAAAGAGAAAUUCGAACCCACAGUCUUCAGGGAUACACUCGUCCAGGGGCUUAAUGAAGCUGGUGAUGACCUUGAAGCUGUAGCCAAGUUUCUGGAUUCCACGGGCUCAAGAUUAGAUUAUCGUCGCUAUGCAGACACCCUCUUCGAUAUCCUGGUGGCCGGCAGUAUGCUUGCCCCUGGAGGAACACGCAUAGAUGACGGUGACAAGACUAAGAUGACCAACCACUGUGUGUUUUCAGCAAACGAAGAUCAUGAAACCAUCCGGAAUUAUGCUCAGGUCUUCAAUAAACUCAUCAGGAGAUAUAAGUAUUUGGAAAAAGCAUUUGAAGAUGAAAUGAAGAAGCUUCUCCUCUUCCUUAAAGCCUUUUCCGAAACAGAGCAGACAAAGUUGGCAAUGCUGUCAGGGAUCCUGCUGGGCAACGGCACCCUGCCCGCCACCAUCCUCACCAGCCUGUUCACCGACAGCUUAGUCAAAGAAGGCAUUGCAGCCUCAUUUGCAGUCAAGCUUUUCAAAGCAUGGAUGGCAGAAAAAGAUGCCAACUCUGUUACCUCCUCUUUGAGAAAAGCCAACUUAGAUAAGAGGCUGCUUGAACUCUUUCCAGUUAACAGGCAGAGCGUGGAUCAUUUUGCUAAAUACUUUACUGACGCAGGCCUGAAGGAGCUUUCCGACUUCCUCCGAGUCCAGCAGUCCCUGGGCACCAGGAAGGAACUACAGAAGGAGCUCCAGGAGCGUCUUUCUCAGGAAUGCCCAAUCAAGGAGGUGGUGCUGUAUGUCAAAGAAGAAAUGAAGAGGAACGAUCUUCCGGAAACGGCCGUGAUCGGACUGCUGUGGACCUGCAUAAUGAAUGCUGUGGAGUGGAACAAGAAGGAAGAACUCGUCGCAGAGCAGGCCCUUAAGCACCUGAAGCAAUAUGCUCCACUCCUGGCUGUGUUCAGCUCCCAAGGCCAGUCAGAGCUGAUCCUCCUCCAGAAGGUUCAAGAAUACUGUUACGACAACAUCCAUUUCAUGAAAGCUUUUCAGAAGAUCGUGGUUCUCUUUUAUAAAGCUGAUGUGCUGAGUGAAGAAGCAAUAUUGAAAUGGUACAAGGAAGCACACGUUGCCAAAGGCAAAAGUGUUUUUCUUGACCAGAUGAAGAAAUUCGUUGAGUGGCUACAAAACGCAGAAGAAGAAUCUGAAUCAGAAGGUGAAGAAAACUAGAAGGUUCAAGAAGCACAAUAGGCUACCACACAGCACUUACUGGGAACGCUGAACCUUUUGAGAAGAGAAAACUUGGCUUCCGUUUUCACAAAGGAAAAAAAAUAGGAUAGGCUUCCCUCGUGCAAAGGGGGAAAUGGUUUUUGUUUUCAUUUUGUUUUUAAUGGAGCCCUGAGGCAUCAGCUAUUCUACUUGGGACUCUACCUCUCACUCACUAUAUGCUAACUUAAAGCCAUUCAACAAGGAGUCAAGUAGGUAUCGGAAAUUCAAUACUCAACAGACUCCUCUUUUUUAGCUGUAUUUUUCAGGUACUGUGUUGGUGAACGCCCCACUGGUGUCUAUUACAGGGCCACUUUGGUAGUUGUGUAUCUGCUCGUGUAUGUGAUUUGACAAACCAGUUUUUUAAAAUAAAUGGCUUUUUAAAAAUCUG